AGCAGCGACGACGCUCUGCCUGCCCCCACCCCGGUCGCUGGCUCUCCAGUUGGCUGGCUGCUGCCAGUGCUUGCACAGAAGCGGGGUUGCUCUUCUUUGCAGCGUGCAUUGCAAUCAACAGUCGCACGCGGAGCUUACCAGACCAGCGCGCAACGCGGCCAGAGAUAAACACACAGACGCUCAUUCAGGGCAGCUGCCUGCAGUGUUUGCAACGUCCUGGCGGCGCGCGGGCUUGCACAGCCCCGGACGAUCCCACUGCACGGACUCAGCCCUGAGAUUUUCGUGUUCUUAACUCUCCCACCCCCCCGCGCCCCUUAUAUAAGAAAGGGGGGACGUCGGGCUUCUUGCAGGGUUCUGCUGCUGCUUGCAGAAUAGAGAGAAACUUUCUCUUCUCUUGCACGGAGAGAGCUUGCCUGGCGUUGAACCGCUGAAGGCGAUGGUUCUUUAAAGGAGCCGUUGGAUUACUUGGAAGAACGAGAAUCCGCUACAGGAAAGAGCCUGCCCUACGCGAGUUGUAUAUGGUGCAAGGGGAACCGCCGUUGCAGCUGAGUUCCGUGCGAGGAGUUGCCCGAUGGCCUUGGAUGUGAGGAUGGAAAAGAAAAACAUGGAUCAUUACCUGCGGCGUCUGAAGCAAGAGUUGGUAUCCAUGAAAGAGGUUGGGGACGGGCUGCAUGAACAGAUGAACUGCAUGAUGGGUGCUCUGCAAGAGCUGAAGCUCCUCCAGGUCCAGACAGCCUUGGAACAGCUGGAGAUUUCAAGCAGCCAAAACCAGGUUUCAGGAAUUGGCCAGCAUCAGUAUUGUCAAAGCAGUCAAGAGGUGCCAAGGCCCAGGCAUGAAGCUGGCUGGAGAAAUGAGAAACUGCUGACAAAGAGUUCUUUAGAGGACUGCAGCUCUUCAGCAUUUUUGUGCUCCUCUCCGGUGUCACAGUCCACCCACCCAUUUUACCACAUUACUUUGCCAGAUAGUAGCCAUGGGGACAUGGCUUCAUCCAUUAGUAGCAUAAGCAGUGAGGACUACUAUCAUGGCAGUGGGCCUUCGUCAACCGUGAGCACAGCAGAGUACCAUUCACCAAGGACAUUUGAGUCUUCCAGUGAGCACAUGGCUAGAAGCUGGUUUUCCCAAGACACAAGCAGCUUGUCUGAGAGCAAGUCAGGGUGCAGAGAAUGCCAGUUCUCUGAUGAGACCAAUGACUGGACUUCUUCACUGAUGUCUCAGAGCAGGAAUCGACAGCCUCUGGUCCUGGGUGACAAUAUAUUCGCUGAUUUGGUUGAGAACUGGUUGGAUUUGCCUGAGAUAGACAAAAAAGGAGAGAAGGAGACGUCCUUGUCAGGCAGUAAAUCGCAAGAGUUCUACAAAAAGUUUUCUCUCACUGCGAACAUAUUCAAGAAGUUCUUGAGGAGCGUCCGGCCAGAUCGUGACAGAUUGCUCAAGGAGAAGCCUUGCUGGCUGCCCACGGAAGACAAAGAGGCUGAAAUCUUAAAGAGACCCAAAAAAGUAAACAAACAGAAGGGGACCUUUUACUUCCCUGUCCAUGGGAACACACCAAACUCUCAUGACAAAGCAGAAAGGUGCCAAAAGAAGGAAUCAAGCAAGGCCAAGAGCAAACAUUGUGCCAAGAAGAUCCACAAUACAAUAGACCACAAUCAGUCAGGGUUUGAUUUUAACACAGCUGUAUGGGUCUGAAGUCCAACACUUGUUCUCUUCUUUGCCAAAACUGUUCAAUCCCAGCUAAAAGAUAAACCAGUGGAAAAGACGAUAGAGAUAUCUGCCAUUCAUGGAUUAGGUGAGGGAAGGAGAAGGAGAUGAUCUCCUUGAAAUUUAAGUUGACACAGAUCACUUCUACAAGCACAGCUUCUAGAAGAACCGUUUUAAGAAAAGAAGCCAGAUUGUAUGCAGAAGUUCUCCACAGCUGGUGCUUGUGAGAAUCCUUCAGUUUGGAAAUCAAAGGCAUGUCUUAUUAGCCUGUUCCUUUGUCCUUCCAGUAAUAGAGGCUUCAAGUUUGCCAAACAUUCAGGUAGCUGCAUAUUCUAAUUCAGGUAGCAACACAAUUUUAGGUCUAAAUGUGUGUGUGCGUGUGUGUUUUUUUUACACUCUGCUUUUCCUUUUGUGCACUAAAUCCUGGAUUAUGCACCAGGCAAAUGAAUAAGCACUUGAUAGUUAAAUUAAGAGUGAGUCAUAAAUUUGUAAGAACAGAGAGACUGUGGGACUUAAACCAGUGGCUGAGUGAAGUUGGUAUGGCCAAUCACCACAAUGCAUUUUGACUGUUCUUUUUCUAAGAUGUGAUCUCUAGUUACCCAUCAUGGUCUUUACUGUACUAGAAUGUGUCUAAAGAGUGCUAUGUAGUAAGUAGCCAUCUCAAUGGUGCAACUUUGAGGUUCCCAGAAGCUCUUCACCUCUUCAUUUUGUCCUCAAAGCCUUAAACUCUGAUGCCACACUGAGAUCCCAAGUUGCAAUAGACUUUUCCCUAGUUGUGUUGUUUCAGUUUGCAUUUCUUGUUUGUAUGCAUUUAGUCUUCUGAGAAUUAGCUCUUCAGUGGUCAGCUCUCCAAGAGUGUAUUAAUAAAGUGAUGUCCCUGUCUCCAAA